AUGCGGCUUCCGCCGUCAUCGCAGGACCACGGACAUGAUCUUCGCCGCCCACCAACUACAGGAGAAGUGUCAGGAGAUGCGGACCCACCUGUAAUCUACCUUCGUGGAACUGAUGAAACCUUCGAAACGGUGAAUCGUGAAGGAUUGUGGAAGAUCAUGCAGAAAUUCGGCUGUCCCGAGCGAUUCACUCAGAUGGUGCGUCAGCUGCACGACGGUAUGAUGGCGCGAGUGACGGACAAUGGAUCUGUCUCAGAGGCAUUCGCUGUGACUAACGGAGUGAAGCAGGGAUGCGAGCUAGCACCUCCCCUGUUCAGUCUUGUGUUCUUUGCCAUGCUGAUGUACGCCUAUCAUGAUGAGCACCCCGGGAUCCGCAUCGCCCACAGGACGGACGGUCAGCUUAUGAAUCAAACACGGAUGCACGUCCAAUUGCGCAUAUCCACAACCAACGUUCGCAAACUGUAUUUUGCCGACGAUUGCGCCCUGAACACCACCUCGGAAGAGGAAAUGCAACGGAGCAUGGACAUGUUCUCCGCCGCCUGCGAGAACUUUGGGCUGGUCAUAAACACGCAGAAGACGGUGGUCAUGCAUCAAGCGCCACCCUAA